AUGUCCACUGAAGCCAAGCCACUCCCUCAAGGUGCUGAUUUGUUCGGAAGAUUCGCUUUAGCUGGUGCUCUCUGUUGCGCUAUCACCCACGGUGGUGCUACCCCAAUCGAUGUCGUCAAGACUAGAAUCCAACUUGAGCCAGAGACCUACAGAGGUGGUAUGCUCAAGUCUUUCCGUCAAAUCGCCUCAACUGAAGGCCCAGGCGCUCUCCUUACUGGUGUCGGUCCAACCUUCGCUGGUUACUUCCUCCAAGGUGCCUUCAAGUUCGGUGGUUACGAAUUUUUCAAAAAGCAAUCCAUCGAUUACGUCGGUGUCGAAAACGCAAAGGCCAACAGAACCGCCAUUUACCUCGGUUCUGCAGGUACCGCUGAGUUCUUCGCCAGUAUCGCCCUCUGUCCACUUGAAGCAACAAGAAUCCGUCUUGUCUCUCAACCAACUUUUGCUUCCGGUUUGAUGACUGGCUUGCCAAAGAUCAUGUCCCAAGAGGGUGUUAGCGCACUCUAUGCUGGUUUCGGACCAAUCCUCUUCAAGCAAAUCCCAUACACCAUGGCCAAGUUUGCUGUUUUCGAGAGAGUCUCUGAGAUGGCUAUCCAGGCUUACGGUAAGCCAAAGGCCUCUUUGAGUGGUACCGAAUCAAACUCCAUCAACCUCGGUUGUGGUUUGGUUGCCGGUAUGGCCUCUGCUGUUAUUUCUCAACCAGCGGACACUCUCCUUUCCAAGAUCAACAAGACUCAAGCUAAGGUUGGUGAGAGCACCACAUCUAGAUUGGUUGGCUUGGCUGGUCAACUCGGUAUGGGUGGUAUGUUCUCUGGUAUUGGUACCCGUCUUGUUAUGGUUGGUAGUAUCACUGCUGGUCAAUUUGCCCUCAACGGAUCCUUCAAGGACCUCAUGAACGCAAAGGGUGGUGUCGAAAUCUCCAAGUAG